UCCUUUCGAAUUCAAGUGGAUCAAAGACUGAAAGGCAAUCAAAUACUUCAGAAAUGAGAAUGAUUUCAUUGAUUUAACUCGCGGAGUUCCUUUAAAUCGAUAAAUAAUUAAAAAAAUAAUCAAUAACCGAUUGAAGACAUGUUGCGUGACAAAAAUAAGAUCAACAUCUGGGGGAACGAAAUUUGAACGUCGCCGUAGCGAUUGUUGUUCUGAUUCUAUCGCUAUUGAGGCCCGAAAACCAACGAACGAUAUCAGGAGCAGUCGAACAGUCGCCAGUUGGGUUCGCUCAAAGAUACACUUUCCCUUUGCCGACGAUUGUGGCUUAUCGGCACCCCUCCACUGUCGACAUGAUCGGAGUCUCAACACUCGUAUAACCUCAUUCGACAGGCGCGAACACCUGCGCGCCGAAAACGUGACUUUGUUUACAUACAAUAAAUAAUAAAUUGUAUUCGAAAAUUUUUGCAGUAGAGAGUGUAGUUUAAACUGUGAACAAAAUGAGUUUUCGAAAGCCGCGGAGAGAUUCUGACGUUAUUCUCUCGAAUUUUAAUCACAAAGAGUUGCUCUUCAAGUUUCUUAUCAUUGGUGAUUACGGGGUCGGGAAAACAGCGAUUGUGCGGAGGUAUACGGAAGGGAAAUUUUCUUCCAAUUACAAAAUCACAAUUGGCGCUGAUUUUGCGAUAAAAACGUUAGACUGGGAUCCGCACACGAAAAUAAACCUACAGUUAUGGGAUAUUGCCGGCCACGAGAGAUUUGGAUACAUGACAAGAGUCUACUACAAAUACGCAGUGGCGGCAGCAUUGGUCUUCGACAUUUCUCGAGUUGCAACUUUUCAAUCAGUUAAAAAGUGGCUCAGUGACCUGCGUGAAAAGGUCACGUUGCAGGACGGUUCUAAUAUUCCAAUAGUACUUCUUGCAAACAAAUGUGAUAUUCAACAUGCAGCGAUACCUACUGAACAAAUAAUCAAGUUCUGUAAGGAAAAUAAAAUUGGAAAGUGGUAUGUUACGUCGGCUAAGGAAAAUAUGAACAUAGACGAGAAUUUUUCAAAAUAGUAAUCAAUCUAGAGAAGGAAGGAAUAGGAAAUAGCUUUCCUCGAUUUCUGGGAAAGUCUUCCCCAUUCGUAAUGAAAUCUCUGCUCCAAAAAAGGUUUAAAAAAUAUAGAUACAAUUUAUGAAUCUAUUUUCAGACUAUGCAAUGCAUUAUCUCGUCGAGAACGUCUUGAAAGCGAAGAUAGAAGACGAAAUAAGAGACUCGAUAAAGCUCCGCGAGACGCCACUUAUCACUGACAAAACCGGAUGCUGUAGGUCGUGAGAGUGGGGUAAAAACCCCACUCGAUGGAAACAUAAUCCUCCACAAAUUAUUCAAACAACACAGUACAACACAAGCACAACAUAUCAACAAACUGACAAUAAUUGUCGCCACCAUCCGGGAAAUUUAUUGUGCUGUUCUAAAUAUAAACAUUUCAUGCAAAUGUACAAAUGUAAGUAUCACUUACUGGGGAAGAGAUAAUCGCUCAAAAAUAUUGUAUACUUUGUAAAUGUAUAUUUUCAUUACUGAAUUUUGUACAUACACGAGUACCCGUAAUUAAUAUGUAAAUAGACACGCUUGUAUAAAAUUUAUACUUAAAAUCGUUGAUAAUACAAUCACUCAAUAUUUACAGAUUUUCUUUCUUUGGAAUGACCAAAAUUUAAUACUAAACUAGGAAAGAUAUUUGUGAAUGUCUUUUAAACGUACGGUUUUUGUAAAAAACCUCGAAUGUUUUUUUUAUUCAUAAAAAAGUUCAUUGACUACGAAAAAAUCCUUACAUUUGAUAAAAAUGCUUUCAAAUUUAAUAUUAAAUAUUUAAUAUUAAAAUAAUAUCGAUGAUGUAAAUAGAAAAAUUAUUAUGAUUUAUAUUUUUCAAAUUUGUUUUUCAUUUGAAAAUGAAAUUUUUUCUCAUCUUCCGCACGGAUGAUCUCGCUAGAGAAUUCGAUACGUUUAAUCAUUGAAAGCGAGUAUUUUGGAUUUUUGUUUGAGUUAAUCCUUCCGAAGCCAUUUCGAAAUUAAUCGUCUUGGGAUAUCUCGCUUCGUCAAUUAAUUAAAUUGUAACUGAUCAACUUACGAUUAAAAUAUUCUUGGCACGUUUUUCUUCCACAUUUUCAUCUAUAGACAAUAAAGUAAUCACGACUGCCGGGUUCAUUGAACCUUCCAGCAUAAAUAAAUAACUUAAUCGAUAAUACUAAUUGUAAAACCACCUAGUCUAGACGUACAAAAAUGUUUAUAAAUAAGAUUCCGUCUGGUGGGUCCUGCUGGAUCACGACUAUAAUGUGAAGUAUUCGCUUGAGUGUACAAACACUCUGAGUUGUUUUCCUGGCGAUUAAUAGUCAUCCGGAAGCUCCGACUUUCUUAUCACCGGAUUCAUCGCAAUCGACACGGUUGACACCAUCGUCUUGCUAUAAUCCUUGGAAUAAUCUGAAACCCAUCGUAAAGAUUUUACUGACAGUUGUAAAACAAUGGGAGCGACAUAAAACGAAUAAAAUGUUAGAUGUAUAUAAUGUCAAA